AUGAGCCAUUCCCUUCAGUCAGAUAACUUUUCUGCAUUGGAUGAAGUGUCUUCUCAGGCGUCAAAUCUGUCCAGGCCCAGUGCAAAAGCAGUCUAUAUGCAAAGGAAGCAGUAUGCCGCUUCAAUAAACAAGAUGUUGGAGAAGUUUCAGUACAGAGUUGAGCAUUUGUUCACCUGUGACCUGGAUGGGAAAGAGCUAAGUGGCGUGUCGGACUGUGUGGAGAGGCUGAGGCUGCUGGACGAGAUGGGCCGCGUGUGGGGACAGAACAUGGUCAUGGCUCUGAGGGGAACCGAGCUGCUCCUCUCCGACAUCGAGACCAAGGAAGUGCUGGACUCCAUCUCCCUCAGUGACGUAUUGGAGAUCCAGUCAGUCCUGGACUCUGGAGUAUUUCACUCCCUGCUCACAGUUUCGGUGCAGAGUCGGACUAAACCUAAAACCAGCAUCUUCCUGUUCCAAUGUGACGAUGCCAGAGCUGACUUAGUGGAAAAACAUCUCUCUCAGUUGCUUUCUCGUAGACAUGAGAUUUCAAGUUUGAGCAGUGGCAUUGCAAGCUCUCCACCUCCACAGGAAGAGCCGGUUUUGUUAUGGACAGCCCCUGAUUAUGAGGAUGACAUGACUGUAUCAGAGGCGACCCUGCAGGAGGAGGAAGAGGAGGAGGAGGAGGAGGAGGCGUUCCCUUCACGAGAGCAGACCCCCGUUCCGCAGCCGACCCGAGAAGAAGAGUUCCCCGUCUCACCUGGAACCUACACAGAGCUGGACAGAAAUGUGGACAUUUUAAAUCAUAUUAUAGGUGAUAUUGAAAUCUUUAUGGGAAAAAUAUCAGCAGUUUUGGCAAAAAAUGAAAAAAAGAAGAAGAAGAAAAAAAAGAAAGCAGGGGAUGGCAUGCCGUCUGCAGAGGAGUUUGCUGUGUGUUUACGCAAAAUCAAAUCUGGAUUUAUUUUACUGGGCGAGCUGAAUGGGAGGAUCAAUAACCCAAGUGCUGCCGACUUUGUUCAUUCUUUAUUUUCUACAUUGGCAUACGUGGAGGCUCACUGUCCCAAAGGCCUGCCCCCAACUAUCCUAGCGCCGCUGCUGACCCCUGAGAGUGUUCAGCUCAUGAGUGACGAGGCAACGGAGGAGGAGGAGAGUCUUUGGCAAAGUCUGGGGGACGCCUGGAACACCACCAGUGCUCCGUGGGCUGAGACAGAGGAGGACAUACCCACUUAUAAUCUGGAGUUUUUUGAUGGCUGGCAGCCUCCUGAAGUGAAUGCUGAGCCGAACCCUCACCACUCUAUGGAGAGACAAACACCUACUCAAAAUAAACCAAAAUGGAAACCCCAAAGGCAAUAUUCAAACAAACGCCCAGGAGAACCUGAAUACAUGAUCGUGAUGUACGACUUCACCUCUAGAAAUCACAGAGAGCUCACCAUUGCUAAAGGAGACACGGUCGAGCUCCUGGAUAAGUCUAAACAGUGGUGGAAAGUUCGGAAUGCACAAGGAGAGGAAGGUUAUGUGCCCAAUAAUGUCUUGCAGUUUCUGGAUGAACAAUUUGAUGAAGAGGAGAUAGAUGGCCCUCCAGUUCUCAACAAGCGAUCAAAACCCUCUGAAGUAAAAGCCUGGCUCGAAGACAAGGGUUUCACCAAAAUUACCGUGCGCUGUCUGGGUGUGCUCAGCGGCUCCAUGCUUUUGGGGAUGAGCCGAGAGGAGCUGAAGACCCUCUGUCCCGAGGAAGGAGGCCGGGUCUUCUACCAGCUGCAGAGCGUCAAAGCUGCCCUGGCUGCCGGAAAUUAG